UUGACUGCUAAGUUACAAAUAGUGUGGAAGAGACAUUCCUCCAGUCAGUAACGAGGAAGCUUUGGUAACGGGUGGUCGAUUGGUCUCCGUGGUUUUUCAUCGUCUUAAAGUCGUUCCUUUAGAGUCCUUAAUCGUAUGCAGAGUUAAUUAAAGGUUGAACGCCACCGAUAAGGAGAGAUGCGACGGAAGGUUGUGAAGAAAGUGCUAUCGGUCGAGCAGGCGGAAGGGCGGGGCGCGCGCGUGAGGAGGAGCAUCGGGCGAAAGGAGCUUAGGAGACUCGAUCCCUUUCCUAAUGCUGGACGAGUUCCGAGUCCGACCUCCCGCGGGGUUUCCAGACCAUCCCCACAGGGGCUUCGAGACGGUCACAUACAUCCUGAAGGGCGGCGUCAAACACGAGGACUUCUGUGGCCAUCAGGGUGUCAUUUCGAAGGGCGAUCUGCAGUGGAUGACGGCAGGACGCGGCGUUGUCCACUCGGAGAUGCCGGCGACCGAUGGAGAGAAUGUAGGCCUUCAACUCUGGGUCAACCUUCCCAAGGCGGAGAAGUUAAUUGAGCCGGCUUAUCAGGAGCUCUUGGCAACAGAAAUACCGAGCACGACGCAAGAUGGGACCUCUGUCAAAGUGAUCGCAGGAGAGAGCAUGGGCAUCCAGUCACCCGUGCGAACCCACACCCCCGUCUACUACCUUGACUUCGAGCAGGAGCCGGGCGCCAGACUCAUCCAGGAAGUGCCACAGUCAUGGAAUGCGUUUUUGUAUGUCCUCUCUGGCAUGAUUAAAAUCCAAAGUGAAGAUGAGGAGGAGGACGUGGAGAGUGAGGCCCACCACACACUCGUUCUCGGUGAGGGUGACUCCGUCCAGGUGACCAAUAUGGGUCCUGACAAGGCGCACUUCGUCCUCAUUGCAGGCCAGCCCAUCGGAGAGCCUGUAGCCCAGUACGGUCCCUUCGUCAUGAACACACAAGAGGAGAUCAAUGAGGCUAUAACAGACUAUAACCUCCAACAGAACGGCUUUGAGAAUGCACAUGGGUGGAGAUCGGCUGCACAGAAAUAGGUUAACUCUACAUCAUCAGGAAAUUCAUUAGUAGCUCCUCUGUUGCAGAAAUGGUUACAUGCACAUUAUUUUUAAUGAAACACUGAGCAAACUGCUCAAAUUAAUGAAGGUAUAAUUAUAUUAAUUUAUAUCUUGGUUAUAUAUGAUCUUUUCAUUGUUAAAUAUUUAUAUUGACAAAAAUUAAUGUAAAAAAAAUUAACCUUUGUCCGUAUGAGAAACAAAUA